CGGGCGGUGACGUAAGCGGCGCGCGCCAAGCGCGGGAGGCGCCGGCCCGGGUCCAGCCGGGGAGCGAUCGCCGCCUUUCCCGUUCCUUCUUGUGCGGCCCCGGCAGAGGCGGCAUGGCCGGCCCGCACCUGCAGCAACCCAGCUUCCUGCUGGCCACGCUGAAGGCAGACUGCAUAAACAAACCCUUUGUUCAGAGGUGCCACGAUCUGGAAACAGUGAUCGAGGAGUUUCCCGCCAAGGAAUUACAUGGUAUCUUCCCAUGGCUGGUGGAGAGCAUUUUUGGUAGCUUGGAUGGCAUCAUCGUAGGCUGGAAUCUUCGCUGUCUGCAAGGAAGAACAAAUCCUACUGAAUAUUCUGUGGCUUUGGAUUUCUUGGAGCCCAGUGGCCCAAUGAUGAAGCUGGUUUACAAACUUCAAGCAGAAGAGUACAGAUAUGAUUUCCCAGUCUCAUAUCUUCCAGGCCCUGUGAAGGCUUCAAUACAAGAGCAAGUCCUGCCAGAGUGCUCUUUAUACCACAACAAAGUCCAGUUUCCUUCAUCUGGUGGUUUGGGUUUGAAUUUGGCUCUUAAUCCAUUUGAAUAUUACAUGUUUUACUUUGCGAUUAGUUUGAUUACACAGAAGAACUCACCCGUGACCCAUCAUGUCAGCCCUUCCAACAGUGCUUAUUUCGUCUUGGUGGACACGUACCUGAAGUGUUUCCUGCCCACCGAAGGAAGUGUCCUUCCUCCACCUUCUUCAAACCCUGGAGGAGCCAUCCCUUCCCCAACUCCCAGGUCUCCAGCAGUGCCCUUCACGUCCUAUGGCAUGCACCACACCAGCCUGCUGAAGCGGCACAUCGCCCAUCAGCCCUCCGUCAAUGCUGACCCUGCUUCCCAAGAGAUCUGGAGAUCGGAAACACUGCUGCAGAUCUUUGUUGAAAUGUGGCUCCAUCAUUACUCACUGGAAAUGUACCAGAAAAUGCAGUCCCCUCACGUCAAGCUGGAGGUUCUCCACUACCGACUCAGUAUCUCCAGUAAACACCACGGUAGUCCUGCCCAAUCCAGCUACCAGGCCCUCCACGCAUACCAAGAAUCGUUUAAGCCCACCGAAGAGCACGUGCUGGUGGUAAGACUGCUUGUGAAACACCUGCAUGCUUUCAGCAACAGCUUGAAGCCAGAGCCUCUGUCCCCUUCAGCCCACUCCCACACAGCCAGCCCACUCGAGGAGUUUAAGAGGGUUGUGAUUCCUCGGUUUGUCCAGGAGAAACUCUAUAUCUUCCUGCAGCACUGCUUUGGCCACUGGCCCCUGGAUGCCUCUUUCCGGGCAGUUCUCGAGAUGUGGUUAAGUUACUUGCAGCCGUGGAGAUAUGCUCCAGAGAAGCCACCCCAAAGCACAGAGCCCUUUCCUCGCAGCGUUUCAGAGAAAUGGGCUUCCUUUGUUCAAGAAAACUUGCUCAUGUAUACGAAGUUGUUUGUAGGAUUCCUGAACAGAGCUCUUCGAACAGACCUGGGCAGUCCCAAAAAUGCCCUCAUGGUGUUCCGCGUGGCCAAGGUCUUUGCUCAGCCCAAUCUCGCUGAAAUGAUCUUGAAAGGAGAACAGUUAUUCCUGGAGCCAGAACUUGGUAUUCCCCAUCGGCAACACCGGAUUUUUAUGACUCCCACGCUUGGUGGGACCUUCUUUUCCUCGUGGCCUCAAACUAUUACAGAUGCCUCAUUUAAGGUGAAGAGUCAUGUUUACAGCCUGGAAGGACAGGACUUCCAGUACAAGCAGAUGUUUGGCGCAGAAGUCAGAAAUUCGGUGUUAAAACUGGCUCAAGUCAUUUGUCAGGCGCAACAGAUGGCAAAGUCCAUAUCGGACCAUUCUGCAGAAACAACCGGCCCAUCCUUCUUCUCGUGGUUUAGAUUCGCAUCAUCCGAGAUGAAUGGUUCCUACACAGGCAAUGACCUGGAUGAAAUUGGGCAAGACAGCAUCAAAAAAACAGAUGAAUAUUUAGAGAAGGCGCUGGAAUACUUGUGCCAGAUCUUUAAGCUGAAUGAAGCCCAGCUGACACAGAUGAUGAUGAAGUGUGGGACAGCUCAAGAUGAGAAUGGAAAAAGACAGCUUCCCGAUUGCAUUGAAAGUGAGGAUGGCCUCAUUCUUACACCCCUUGGCAGGUACCAGAUCAUAAAUGGCUUACGUAGAUUUGAGGUGCAGUAUCAAGGAGAUACCGAGCUUCAGCCCAUCCGAAGCUAUGAAAAUGCCACCCUUGUCCGCCUCCUGUUUCGUUUAUCCUCAGCACUGAAUGAAAGGUUUGCUGAUCAGAUGGACGCGCUUUGCUCCAGGCAAGAUUUUGUCGGCAGACUUUGUCGCUAUCACCUUACCAACCCCCAGCUGGCACAGAAAAUGAGGUGCAGCCCAGUGGUGAGGGACAGGAUGGGCCAGAACUGGGGGCCGAGGCUCAGCCUGAGGUUUCUGGCCAGCUACAGGACUCUCCUCUCUUUGCUGCUGAUCUACUUCACUGCGUCCUGGUUCCACAUCGGGCCCGUGGGUUGCACAUUCCUUAUCCUGAUCGGGUAUUUCCUGUAUGCUGUAAUCAUGACUUUCUUCUCUGAACGCUGGAAACCACACGAACACUGAUUUCCUUCUCUCAGCUUUUACACCUGUAACAAUCCCAGGCUCAUCCAUAACAUUUAUCUGAAUUAUCAUAUCAGAUCUUCCUAAAAUAUUUUUUAAUAUUAAAGUUAAUUGAGUUUUAUAAUCCGUGAUGUAGUCUUGUGGAGAUUAUCGCUGUAAAUUCUGUUUUUAUAAAAGCGUUCCUAUGGAAACGAGUGAAUG